GCCAUAUUCCAUCUUCGUGUAACUUCCUGUUUACACUGCAGAGUGAAAAAUGACAACUGUUUAUUUUCCCCGUAAAAUCUAACAUCAUGCAGCCGCAACCUUAGUCUUUUAACAUUUUAUUAUUUAGCCAUUUUUAAACUAGACAAAAUGGCGCGACAUCGGAUUGUUAGGACAAUGAAUUAUGAGGACGAGUACUAUGAUGAAGAAGAUGAUUUAUCAAGGUCGGUUGAGGAUAAUUACUGCAUCUCACCAUCUACAGCUGCACAGUUUACUUGGAACAGAGAAAAAAGUCAUGUGUUUGCUGCUUAUAUGGAAAAAGGGGUGAUAAAUGAAGAGGAAGAAACAGAGGAUAGCUCUGUACAUGAGGACAGCCUUCAGGAUACAAGUUUACAACUGUCAGAGCUGGAUCAAGCCAGGUUAAACAGCUGUCUGGAGGAGGCCAGAAGCAUUAUAGGAGAUUCCAUACCUGAAUCUGUCGUCAGAGAUGUUGUAGUCAAAAAUAAUUUCAACCUCGAGGCCUCCAUUAAUGAACUUUUGACACAGCAGGAUGCACCAAAGCCACAACGAGAGCCCAGACAAAGGAAAACACGUUCCCAAGCCACAGUUUCAGACCACCAAGACUCCACAUUGUCUGCUGCAGUGCCGACCGUCAAAACAGUAGCUCCCCCUGUCACCCCAGCAGUGGUCAAGCCGUCUGAAUCCUCCACUAAAGUCACAGUGGGGUUUUUGCAGACAGACACCCACCAGGGGACGCCACCAGGAUCUCCUGCUGCCAGUAAAAAACCUGGGCUCAAACUUAAAGUCAGGAAAGAUGCAUCCCCAGCACCCCCCACAGGUAAAGCUUCAGUGAGAUCAGAGGAAUCUGAAGACAGCCUGUCAGGAGCUGGUCAAGGCACUCUCAACUCUAACUUAAGGAAUGCUGUAGAGUUCAUGGGGCUGGAAGGGGAUCAAGAGACUAUUCAGACUUCAGUUGAUUCCAUGAAACCUGUUCCAGCCACACCCAAAUCUAAAUCCAAAAAUAGCAAAGUUGAUAUUCAGGCAGAAUAUGUGAAGCGUCAUGGCAACAAAGAUCUUCUAAACCUGGUGGUCAUAGGUCAUGUAGAUGCUGGUAAAAGCACCCUGAUGGGUCACUUGCUCUACCAGCUGGGCAACGUCAACAAGAAAACCAUGCACAAGUUUGAGCAGGAGUCUAAGAAGAUUGGCAAGAGCUCGUUUGUGUUUGCCUGGGUGCUGGAUGAGACUGAUGAGGAGAGAGAGCGGGGCGUCACCAUGGAUGUAGCUCAAACAAGGUUUGAAACUGAUAAAAAAAUAAUUACCUUGCUUGACGCACCUGGCCACAAGGAUUUUAUACCCAACAUGAUAACAGGAGCGUCACAGGCUGAUGUUGCCAUUCUAGUCAUUAAUGCAACAAGAGGAGAAUUUGAGACUGGCUUUGAUGCCGGCGGUCAGACCAGGGAACACGCCCUUCUUGCCAGAUCUCUGGGUGUUGGCCAGAUCAUUGUGGCUGUCAACAAGAUGGACACGGUGGACUGGAGCCAGGAGAGGUAUCAGACCAUAACCAAAAAGAUUGGCCAGUUUUUGAGCAAGCAGGCAGGGUUCAAGGAGUCUGACAUUUCCUUUGUCCCGUGUAGUGGGCUGAGUGGGGAAAACCUGACCAAGCCUUCCAGUGAGCCCAAGCUGACCCAGUGGUACACGCCCCCUACAACCUUGAUACAACAGAUAGAAAACCUGCGUCCACCUGUCCGACCUAUUGACAAGUCCUUCCGCCUAAUGGUCUCUGACGUCUUCAAGGGUGUUGGCACCGGCUUCAAUGUAGCUGGACGGGUGGGGUCAGGGUGUGUCCAGCCUGGGGACAAGAUCCUCAUUGUGCCCCUGGGAUCUACUGCAACCAUCAAAAAUGUUUACAUUGACGACGUCCCUGUCAACUUGGCAUUUGCUGGUGAUCAUGUGAACUUGACUCUCAGUGGUGUGGACAUGUCGAGUGUAAACAUAGGCAACUGUUUGUGUGAUCCCAAUAAUCCAGCCAAAAGUGCCACAAGAAUCCGAGCAAAAAUUGCCAUCUUCAACAUUGAUGUACCUCUCACUAAAGGAUUCCCUGUUGUGGUCCAUUAUCAAGCAAUAAAUGAGCCUGCCGUGAUUAAAAGACUUUUAAGUCAGUUGAACAGAAGCACAGGUGAAGUUGUCAAGAGAAAGCCAAGAUGUCUAGUAAAAAAUACCAGUGCUGUGGUAGAAAUUGAAAUGGAGCGUCCCAUGUGUCUGGAGCUGUACACAGAGUUCAAAGAUUUGGGAAGGUUUAUGUUGAGGAGUGGGGGGCACACAAUAGCUGCAGGCCUGGUGGAGGAGUUGAUUCAAACCAAAGCUGCACAAAAUGGAGUCAGUCAGAGCUAAUUAGAAUCUAGGCAAAUUACCUGUGCAUUUAAUAAGAGCUUACUUGGAUUAUAAAACGAGGUGAACUUUGAGUUUCUGGCUGUGAAACUGAAAGCUGUUCAUAUUUUCACUGUCUGGUCAACUCCUCUAGACUCCUAUCAAACUAAGUCGUAAAAAAAAACCCAAAGUAGUUGGGUUUUAAAAACAAACAUAAGUAUUUUUGGCUUACAUUAGGUCAUUUGUGUGGCUUAUCUCUUUAUCAAUCUAAACAUACUACUAUCCCAAUGGAUUUUUAACCCAACUCCCACUGGCAGUUCUCUGGGCUUAUACAUUUGAAGAAGAGUAAAAUGCUUACAAAAUAAGCAUGUAUUUUAAUGCUGUUGUUUUAUUGACUGUAAAGGGUGCAUGAAUGUCCUACCUGGAGACAUUUGGUCCUGAAAGUGUUGUUUGCUAUUGUUUUAAUUGUUUGUGUGACUUGAGGAAAUAAAACAUUUCCAACCUUA